CGUGGGCCAGGACCUCGCCAGGCUCGCUUCGGCGCAGCCCCACACAGCCGAGGGCGGCCUGGCCGUGCGGAUCGAGCUGACGGCCAGCUCCAUCGAGCGGUGGCCGCACGCGGACGUGCCGCUCGAGUCGCUCUCCACGCUGAAGCAGGAAGAGGCCGCGCUCGCGGAGGCCCGCAGCGCGUACCACCGGGGCGAGCCCGUGGUCUCGGACGAGGAGUACGACAAGCUCCGGGAGGCCGUGCGGGUGUCGGCUCGGCGCAAGGCUCGCGCGGUUUUCGGCAGCCUUGCCGGUUGCUGCGAGCGCCGCGCUGCAGAUCUUGUCCUGCCACUAAGAGAAGGAAAAGGUACCCAUACCUCUACCCCUUCGUCCGUUUUCACCUUUUUGGGCCUCCUCGGAGGCCCUCGCUGCCACCGCUGGAUUCGCCUGGAAAUUCUGGUCAGAACGCACCCCCGGAGAGGUCCGGGGAGUAGCGGUAUCGGCACUGUUUGGUUUCCCCAGCAGAUUGCCGUGCCACACUGGCCGCCACCGCGAGCGGCACGAUUCAGAUUGGCGUCUCAUCCAGCAGCGCAGCCCCCAGUGCUUGCUUGGCUUGCCG